AUGGUGGCUGCGACGGGAACUAAGUCCUGGUUGGUCCAGAAGUAUGGCGGUACUAGCCUGGGAAAGCUGUUAGAUACGAUAUGCUGCAAAAUUAUUCCCCAAUACAGCACGGAGCACAAUCUCAUUGUUGUCUGCUCUGCCCUCUCCGGAACCCUCAAAGCUAGCGGGACGACAAGUUUGCUGCUUCAAUGCAUAACAUACGCCGAGCAGGGCUUCGAUGCUCAGAAACAGCUAGUCGACCUGGUAGACUUGAUUAAGGACAACCAUCUGAGUGUGCUAAGAGCAUUUAUGAACUCUCCGGCACGAAUGGCUAUCCAUUCGCAGGUUUACGAAGAGACGGUUUCCGGUAUUCAGAAUGAAUGCGAGGGCCUCAAGAGGUUUCUGCUUGCCGCCCAGAUUGUCGGAGAGUUAUCGGCACGGUCGAAAGAUCGCGUCAUCUCCCUUGGUGAAAAGCUGUCGUGCAUGAUUGUCGCGGCUUGUCUGACGAACAAUGGCACACCGGCGAAAGCAGUAUUUCUAGAUAAUAUCAUAUCGUCCGCUUUUGGCAGCUCCAUCCACGACCAGGUGGCUGCGUUCGAAAGGCUCGGCCCCAAGCUUUAUCAGGCAUUGGCCAGCCAAAUAGCCGGACGAAUUCGAGAGUGUGGAAGCGCAAUACCUAUCGUAACAGGCUUUUUUGGUAUAAUGCCAGACUCGUUGCUUCAAACAGUAGGAAGGGGAUACUCGGACCUCUGCGCAGCUAUGUGCGCGGUAGCAGUAGGAGCAGAAGAGUUGCAGAUUUGGAAGGAAGUCGACGGUAUAUUCACGGCAGAUCCAAGAAAGGUGCCCUCAGCACGGCUCCUGUCAACAGUAACAGCCGAAGAAGCGACGGAACUGACAUACUAUGGAAGCGAGGUUAUCCACCCAUUAACAAUGGAUCAAAUUCGGGACGCUGGCAUACCGUUACGCCUCAAAAACGUGUUUAAACCCUCCGGAAAUGGCACCAUCAUAUAUCCAUCCAUGGACAGUUCAGCCCCUAAUAGUCCAGCCAGCGCAUCGUCUGAUAGCUCAGAGAACUCUUCCCGAGUAAUCACGCCUUUAUCGAGUUUUAUGCUAGAGAACGGCUACCACGGAGCUCAGCAAGAGCGCAGGAAACCCACCGCAGUCACGGUUAAGGAUGAUAUACUCCUUAUCAACGUUGUCUGCAACCGGAAUACCAAGUCGCAGGGGUUUUUGACGCAGGUGUUCGACCGUCUCGAGAGGAAUAAGAUCCCCGUAGAUCUGGUAGCCACGAGCGAAAGGCAUGUCAGCCUUGCGGUCCAGUCCCCAGGUGAUGCCACUGCAUUAUUGAGACUUAGGGAGGAGCUCGAGCGAUUUGGUCAAGUUGCCAUCACCUCGCACAUGUCCAUCGUGACGGUGGUCGGCCACAAAAUGCGCAACAUGGUCGGCGUGUCUAACGAGAUCCUAUCGGCGUUGGCUUCGGCGCAGAUCGGUAUCUACCUAAUAAGCCAAGGCGCGAGCAAAGUCAACAUAUCCCUCGUCGUGGACGCAGACAACGCCCUCGCGGCGAUGAACGCGAUACACAGCGAAGUGCUCAAGAUCCCGACGCACAGGGAACAGGAAAACCGGUUCAUCCCAGGUAAGACGAGUUUGAUCCUCCGGGAUCCCCGGCACGAGCUGCCCCUUAAGUACGGAGCUAAUACGAUCGAGUAG